GGAAGGGAUCGCCAUGUUGGAUUUAUGAAGCGCUCAAGACGAUUGAGUCUAGAAAUCUUUGAAAUUUGAUGAGGGGUUUUACAGAUACAUGAGGGACAACGCGUUAAAAUGCCAAAAGAAGAGGAGAAGGAAUACCUUAAGAUACUGGGAGUGGAUAAAUAUUCACCUGAAAGUAGGUUUUUCCGUGGUUAUGUUACCCUAUUUACCACAGUACAUCCUACAAGCGAUUCACUAUCCUGGAACUUCCGAGUUGAAGUGGGCGAUGGAAUACACGCUCGUUGAAUAAUUUUAGGCUAGCAUAUAGUUAGAUUUACUCCACAGAAAAUGUAUUUGAAUUUGUAAUUUGUUGGUUUUCGUAAUAUAAGACGGUUUACCUUAUAUCGCCGAUUAUUUUUCAGAUGAAUUCGAAAUCAAACGAGCAUAUAAGAAACUUGCACUCCGAUUUCACCCUGACAAGGUAAAGUUACGCUAUAUAGAAUUUCAGUUGUGCAGUUGUUGUUACUUUCUUUUUUCAGCAAAAGUACUUCACUUCUUCUUAAAAUUUUAACUUUACGUCUGCUAUUUAGUAUUGACAUUCCAGCAUUCUCUGGUACUUUCUCUUUGCCAAGUUGAUAAUUUAGUCUCACUCUGUUGACCUUGCUUUCACUUUUCAGAACCAGAGCGACUUCUCGGCAAGCAACUCUAAAAAGCAGUUCGAUGAAAUCAGCAAAGCUUUUGAAUCUCUCACUUUAGGUAACAGCGAUUUUAACUUUGCAUUCAUUUAUUUGCAACGACAGAUCAUGGUAGUGUCAUUAAUUUAGUAGUUCUGUUAAUAUGACUUUCUAAUUUUGUAUCUGGCCAGAAUUGCGUGCCUUCCAAUCAUGUACGACUAUUAAGUUUCAGACAGCGAGAUCUUUGUAGGAUUUGCGUGAUGUCUCUUCCUUUUUCUCUUUUACACAGAGUACAGAAACGAUACAAAUCAACCAGACUACGAUCAGGUAAAAUUUAUGUGAUCUGUUUUAUUUAAACUUAAGAGUUCUCAGAAAGAAUUCUUUAUGAUGUAUACCAUUUUACACAAGAUACAGUUACAUGGAAAAUUAAGGAUUUGUAUUUUUCUUUAGAUUUUCUUUGACUUUCUACGCGAUAUCUUUGACUGGAGAGAAGGUAAGAGAAUUUGCAAAUUGCUUCCUUUGUCGCUGUUUUAAGUGUAACGUUUGGUUUUAUACAGGUUUGGCUUUACCGUACUUAAUUAACACAAUGUCAUCCCUGCUACUAACAAUCUACGAUUGACACGUAAACACUACACAAACCUAAACCGGAAUCGGUUAACCCACUUAUUGUGUAAAUACAAACAAGCCAUUCCUAUUUUUUACAGUUGUCUUGAUAAAAACGUUGGUUAACUCCAGAACGGGGAUUUUUUCCCCUCACUGUUAUUGUAAUGGAGGCUUUAGGAAUCUAGAUAAAGCAACUAGUUGUAAGAUUUCCAAGUACCGUUCACCUAUACAGUAUGAAGACCAUGCAAGUUUUAUUCUUGAGCUGGUUUCAGUGAGUUAUCAAGUUUUUAAAAAAAUAACUGACUGUAAAAUGCCAUUACAUGUAUGGUUCUUCAACUGGUUUGUUUAUGUAACAACUAGAUGUUAUGCCAAUUUGUUUUGGUGCUUUUGUGCUCAUUUGAGAUAAUAGGAGCUUGACACUUUGACAAUAGUUAUUAUCAUCAGUAAUUGAUUGAAAAUAGGUGUGAGGGCCAUUUAUCAAUUUAGGGAAUAAUUAAACUUACAAUUUGUUUUGUUCUUCUCUAGAUGCAGAAGGAGCUGGAACUAGUAACUUUCUUACAUAUUUCUGUGGUUCUAAGCAGCACCCAUGUUCCUCUGAUGGAGACUUCGAUUCAAGGUGAGAAUUAAGUAGUAUUCUUAUUGGUCAUCUGUAUUUUUGUAGCUGUUUUUUUUUCUUUUACAAGAAUAGUUUACCUUUUGCAGUAGACAACUGCUUUUUUUUUAUUGCUCCUUACAGUUCUGUAAUAGAAAAGUGACUUCUCCUUGUAAACUGUGCUCCAUUUUUUAAGUUCCUUGUGUGAAUUCACAUUGCACAGAAACAAAUUUCUAUACUUUAUAGUCAUUUCUAUUCUUUUCACUGGCUUUGUGAUGUUUUGUGGAUAUUGCACAUGCUGAUUGCCUUUGAGAAUGUUUACUGAAAUGUUACAUUACAUACUUUGCUCAUGAAACAGAUACCAAGAUACUGAAGAUGACGAGGACGUUGAUGGAGAGGGUGACUUGGAUAGUAUCAUGGAGAUCAUUAAGGUAACACUUUGUCCAAUAAAGCUUAGUGCUUCUGUUAGUUGGUAAUUGAUCAGUUACUUCUUAAGUAUAAUUUUUUAUCAUUGACUGAGUUGAUUGUAAAUUGGCCACUGUAAAGAGUUACAAACCUGAUAUUUGAGUGUUAGCCCUUCAUCACGCUUGAAAUAUCAGCUCUGUAACUCUUUACAGUGGCCAAAUGUAUGUUAUUCAACUGAGUUGAGAGUACCAAAUUACCCUGUUAUACUCUCAAACUGAUGCAGCACCAGUUUCUUUAAAAACUUACCCCCCUUCUAAAGUGCUUGGGUUACACAAGAUUGAUGACAGAACCUACAUCCUGUUUCACCUCAGAGUUACUACUUUUGCUUUUUUUCAGUUUUCAUUAUGUGUUAUAUUUAUUGAUCUCUCAGCCUUUCCACUAUUUCUUAUACUUAAAUUUGUUAUUGAACCCCUUUCACCAAUUAUUUUUAUCCAUUAAAAAGCUGACAGCUUAUGGAAAAUUAAAAUUUUUGGAAAUAUUUCUGUCUAAAUAUGAGAUUUUAUUCUGAUUUUGUCUAAGUGGUUCUUCAAAGUUCCUAAAUUCUAAGGGUCUCUCUUACAUUGUUUAUUUUAGAAUCGCAAAAAGAAAGGAAAACAUGUUCCUGAAGAGUUCAAAGAAGAAAAUGUAAGUUUUUGAAAUAACUAACAUUGUUCUUGUUUUUGUAAACUUUCAUUGCAUUAACUUGGAAAAUUGUUGUGUUUUUAGUUGAUGGAUAUGAAGAGUAAAUUAAAUCAACACAAAGAAGACAUGAAGAGAGAUGCUACUAAAAAGGUAAUGAAUGGUUGUUAGUAUGUUUUUUGCUUGAAAACUUACAGCCCUGAAUUGAGAAGAAAGUUAUCACCAUCAAGGUGUUAUGUGGAAACAUUAUUAUGUCUUCUGGAUGGUCAGAUUUGAAAUGAGAGGGAGAUUAAUGUGAUUCCAAAUGUGGAUCUCUCUCUGACCAGGAAAAAACUUGGUGUGGCCUAAAAAGGUGAAGUCUGUACUCAAGCCUAUUGGCCCACCCAGCUAAACCUUAUCCUGGUUUCCAUGUAGCAUAAAGUGACUAGGAGUAUUACCACUCCUCCCUGGAUGAAAUGCCAGUCCAUCCAAAGGUUACCCCCCAGCAUUUUAUCAGGCUUCCCAGACAAUUCGCCAGUGCUAUACUCCUGGGAAGAGAGAGGCACUGUGAAAGUCAAGUGUAUUGCCCAAGAAUACAACACAUUGACCCGUCCAGUAUUUGAAUCUGGAACUCUCAACCCAGGGAUCAGUGCACUGACCUUUAGGCCAUUGCCUCUCUCAAUGUGGCCUUCUACACCGCCAUCUGCCAUUGACUAACACUGAUCAUCCCAGCCUGUAUAUUCAUUUGUCCAACAAGUUGUGACUUCUCAGAAUUUUCUUGCUCAUCUGUUCUAUACUUUCCUUUUACAUUAACUUGUAUGGUAAAGAUUUUCAAAUUGUAGUCUUCUCUAUAAAUAUCUUGUCCUUUGAAAUUUUCAGCAGUCAAGCAAGAAAGGGAAGAUGCCUGUACCUGUUGCAAAGGUUGGUAUCUAGUGUGUAACAGAAUUUUGGUUAUAUGCUGGCAGUGCUUUAAAUCUGCAGUUAUUAAAUGUGUCGUGUUUAUUAAUAAUGUUUAUCAACUUCAUUCUCAGCCAAAACCUAAGAGCAAGAAACAACUGCAAGCUGAGCAACGACGGAGAGAAAAAGUUAGUAGUUGUUGUUUCAUAUAUUUUGUUUUAUGCAUAGUAGUAUGCCUUGUCAUAUGUUUUUUUCUAGUUUUGAAAAUUACAUACCCUUAAUUAAGUCUUCAGACUUUUCAGUGUGUUUGAAAAGCUGUUCUCUGGAAUUAUUUUGCAUUGUAGGAAAUGGAGAAGAUUGCAGUGGAAUUAGAAGAGAAGCGAAAAGAGGAAGUGGAAAAAGAGAAACAAAGGAAACAGGUGAGUAGGUUUGGAUAUGAUUGUGUUUUGGAACAUGUGUAAUAGAUAAGGUAUCAAUCAGCCAGAGAGAGAAGCUACUAGGCAAUAGCUCGAUAGUGUGUCCCAUACUUUUCAUUAAAAACUCAAACUUCCUAUGCAUUUAUAGCUUGAGGUUGAGAAACAGAAAAGGCUGGAAGAAGAGAGAAUUAAAGCACAGAAUGAGGAGAGGAAAAGGCGGGAAAAGUAAGAUUAUAUUGUUUGUCUGCUUUUAGGAAAUUUCUGUAGAACUACUGUUGUUAUGUUGAAGGUUAUUUUUCCAGUGGUUAAAAUUGACAUAUGUUUUCUGUUUUGUUAGCACAUUGAAUGUAAUAUAGUUUUUACAUGUAUGCAGAGAUUUCCUCCUCAUUCAGGAGAUAGUUGAACAUGGAACUGUAUUCCCCUGCAAAAUUCAAUUGAAGCCAUUUUGUACAGGGCUGAGUAUUUUUUUCCUGUGUUCAUUUAAAAAAAUCCUAAGAUUAAAAGAGAGUGAAGUUGUUAGCUAUUCAGUGUAUUUACAGAACUUUGGGCUUUGCUGAAUGAGAAUUGAUCAACAGUUUGUUUGUUAGUUUUUUUUUUGUCCCACGCAUGACACUCUUUUUUAUUUAUCUCUCUUUCUUAUAUGACUGAGCUGUCCAUCUUUCCUAACUCAAUUCUGGAAAACCACAAAAUUGAAUGGUGUGAGGGUCAUAUCCUUUUAGGGACUCAGAUUUUUUUUAUCUUUGUCUAUGAUCAUGACCACCGUAGGGAACAAAAGGAGCGGGAAAGACAGCAAAAACUUGAGCAAGAGAAAGAGGAGAAAAGACGUCGUCAGCAGGAGGAGGAGAAAAAACGAAGAGAAGAAGAAGAAAAAAGGAAGAAAGCUGAAAAAGAAAAAGCAGAGAAGGAAAAGGCUGCAAGAAAGGUUCAUGAUUUUGUUACACAAAUUAAAUGUCAUUGCAAGUUAUCUCGAAUCAGUUAAAUCAACAGCCUGAAUUCAUUAGUCUGAUAAGAUUGUUAUUCAUCUUUUGCAUGAGUUUUCUAACAUACCAGUUUGAUAUCUACUGGGUUUGAUAUCUUGCAAAUGGUACCAUGCUUUGACCUACAGUGAAUAAUUUAGGGUUUACUGGAAUUUGUCAGAUUUUUAUCAGCUGAUACAAGGUACAGCAUUUGAUGACUUUCAUAAACUGGCAUUAAUUCCCAAAACAUCUUAUAAAUACUUGCAAAUUGGUUCACCAAACCCACAGCAUUUAACCUUACAUGAGAAUUAAUAGUACAUCAACUUCACUAGUAUUUUUUUUAUUCUGCAGGCUGCCCAACAGGCUGCAAAAGGUAUGAUUGUGAAUUUGGCAAAGCAUUUAAUAAGCUUAUUAUGUAUGGGUUUUUAAAAUUUGUUUGCAUUUUUUUGGUUUUUUAACUCUUAGGUGAAUUACUUUCAUUUUUCAAGGCUGUAAUUAAUGAUUGUUUUAUUUUUAGAAAAAGAAGACAAAGAGAAGGCGGCAAACAAAAAUCAGGUGAAUGUUGAACUUAUCAGUUUCAUUUUCUUCUUAUCUUCCAUCCAAAGCUCUGAAUUAGAUACAGAUUAGAGUAAUGUUAAAUAUUUCAUGAGUGUCUAAAGAAUUUUACAUUCAUCCACACUUAACUGUGCAUUUAUCUGUAGUUCAGUUAUGGAUAAAAAGUCUGGAUGUUUUAAUAGGUGGCAAACUGAGUGCUCUGCAUUGACAAAGCAACAAUUUUUUUAAAAAAUAUAACAGCAGUGGCAAUAAAAAAUGAGAUAGUUGUGAAACAAAUUAAAAUAAACCUUUGAAAGAGAGAUUUUGUUUAUUUAAGGAAGAGUGAGUGAGUAAAGUUACCAUGUCAUAUUCAUAAAAUUUUGGGGGGAAGAGAAGGAAAUUUUUUAGCACAUGAGAACCAUGAGCUCUAGUUAUCUGCUACAGCUGUAAUGAUUCUGGCAGUCCUUCAGACAUAAUCAAUUAUGCUGUACACUAUCAUUUUUACUGCGACAGAACAUGAAGAGACUACAACAGCAGCAGAGAACAGAUCAGCAACAAUAUCCAAGAGAAAUACCACCAAGGUUCCAAAAGAAAAUGAAACAACAGCAACAACAAUCACAGUAUCAAACACCUUCACAACAAAUGCAGCAACAACAAUCACUUCCACAACAAACCAAACCUCAACCAAAACAGCCUCCUGCAGGUGACUAGUAGUAAAAAGAACAGUGAGGUAGAAUUGUAGAAAAUUAUUUUCUUUGACUGCAUAGGUGUCUGGUUUUUAAUUAAGGAAAAAAAGGCUUGGUGUUAAGAACAAUAUGGACACAUUUAUAUCAAAACUUGGGCUACCUACUGGAAAUACAUGUAGAUGUUCCUAUUUGAAUCCUUAUUUUUCAAUAUUUUCCAUGAACAAAUUUGAUUUUGAAGACUCAACCUGAUCAGUUUGAUGAAGGAAUUAUCAUAUUUGUUAUUCAGUUAAAGACUUAAGCUCAUUAUGCAAGUGAUAAUUAUUGUCUACAUAUAAAACACAAAUUAUGACAUGUGAUAGUGGGCCUUCAACUGUCUGAUAAUUCUUUUUUGUUAGUUAACAAGAAGAAGGAUCCUAAUCGUUUUGGACCAAAAGAAUUUGCAGACAUGAUAGAACCAGUGGAUGACUCAGGCUGGUCACAAUCUGCCCCUGUGAAGGGGUCAGGCUGGGGUAAUUCACUGGAAACUUGGGAAGAUGCAGACAAGUGGGGAAGUGAGGAUCGACAGUGGGGAGAUAAGGAAGGGACAUGGGAUAAACUUGUUGUGGAUGAAGGAGAUAAAGACACUUGGCCAUCUGUAGGAUCAAAAGGAGCAAUAGGUGAUAAGAUAAAGACUUCCCCCUUGGAUGCUGGCUCUGAAAAGGGUCAGUAUUCAGCAGAAUCUUCUCCUAAAACUUCUGUUUCUUCUAUUUCUACUGCACUUAUCUCUGACAAUUCAAGUUCUGCUCAAGGAAAUGUCAACACUAGUAUGGACAAAAAGUCUUUGCCGACUAGUAAUUGGCAUGGGACUUCAACAACAUCAUCUGAGAACUGGGAUGUCAUUGAUGAAUCUAUUGAUCAAGCUAUUGAUGCUGCUGAAGCAGCAACGGCAAAAGAUAAUGGAGGACUUGGGGCAGGCUGGGGUGGAGUGACCAAGGGGGGAUUUGGGGGGUUAAUAGGGAAUGGUUCAAACUGGGAAAGUAGCACAGAUGCAAAGGACUCAGUGUCGUUAGGGCGCAGUCAUGACCCAGGAAAAGGAGAGCUUGUGAACACUUCAUAUGUAUCUGAGACUCCAAGCUGGAGCAAAACACCUGGAAAGGCUGUCAAGCCUAAAGUGCCAACAACAUCAACAGUGGUUACUAGUAAUCUGACAGCCUCAUGGGGUGGUACACCUGCUGAGACUGAUACUAAAUGGACUGAACCUCACUCUACUUCGGAUGGACUCACAAAUUCCAAGUCUAGUAAACCACCUAUUUUGGACUCUAAUUCUGUGGCCAAAUCAAGUGGAGACAUUGAAUCUGAACAAACUGUAACUUCAACUUCUGCUACUAAACCUUCAUCUGGCUGGGGUGAAGUACCUGUGUCUAAUUCAUCUAAAUGGGGAUCUUCUGUAGAUAUCACAGGUACCUCUUGUUGGGACAAUGUAGUGUCAAAAUCAGACACAACUUCUGAUCUUAAAACCGUGAGUAGCAGCAAAGUUUCACAGUGGUUAGAAAGUACAGGAGUGUCACUUGCAGAUUUAGAAUGGGGACAAGAAAAUUUGGAUAAUGAUGAAGGAUCUGAGGGAUCUCUAGAUGGGUGGACCACAGCAUCUAAAAGAAAUAGGGUAAGAAAUGUCUCCUACUUGAAUUUGACUACUACAGUCAAAUCCCGUUAACUUGAACCUUCAAGAAAAAUUGAAAAAGGUUUGAUUUAAUGGGAAUUUGAGUUAUUGAGAAAUGAAGAUAAAGGCACUGUAGUUUAAUGUAUCCUAAACCAAGGAAACCUGAACUGGACUGACAUGUUUUUGUAAUGUGGAAAAACAACAAAUGUUACAGGGCUGUUUCAAAAUAAUUUCAUUUAAUGUUUUGGACUGCAGUACACGUUUGUCUCAAGUUCAUAUGUAUCAUCACUCUUAAUGCUUUUCUCCUGUCACUACACUUUAUUAUGGAAAUUCUGGCUGGUUGCUUAUGAGAAAUAAUUAUCAUUACUCUGAAAAUGUUUUAGGCUCCCAAACCAGCUAAUGACUCAAAUGCGUGGAUGAACAGAUCUCUCAAACAACUGUUAGACAUGGGUUUCAAGGUGAGUGAUCUCCUAUGCAUAUUCAUGCAGUUGAUGCGUGUUAAUCUUAUUUGAGAACUUGAGAACAUUCUUUUCGAAAUAUGCACGGGUUUUCAAAUGUAUUUCCAAGGUGUAGAACUAAAUAAAGUACAGACAAUUUUGAUUGUCUCAGCUGAAAUGGUUUCCUUUUACCAUUAUGUUUCUUAUUUUGCGCAGCAAGAGGAUGCUGAAAAAGCUUUGAAGGCAAAUCAUAUGAACAUCGAGAGUGCAAUAGGUAUGAUUCUCAGUUAUUAUUUUAUUAUAGGGUCUCUUUUAAUGUAAAAGUUCAGAAUUGGUUUGCAGUUCUUGAAAAAUCCAGUGGGUUAAUGUUUAAGAAGAUUUUCGUGGGGAAUUCCACUUGAAAACGUUUGAAAUAGGUAAAGUGAAUUUAUAAAAAAGGAAAAUUAUGAAGGGGAUCGAAAUUCUGGAAUAGGUGAUAAGCAAGUUGUGACCAGCCACAGAUUGUCUGCCUAUGUUUCUUACACCAAUCCAUUUGUGGCUCAAUUGGUUUUUGCGUAUUCCUUUCCCAAUAUAUACUCCACCACUCUCCCUUCCAUAGUAUAGAACUUUAUCCCACACCACAUUCAGUUCUCCAGACGUUACGCUUUUUUAUUUCAAAGAUAUGUGAACAGAUUCUCCCAACUGCUUACCUUAGAGUUUUGCGAUGGCCGGUGUUAAGAAUUUGGUAUAUCAAAACAAUAUCACCCAACUGAUAGAUAAGAGUUAAUUAACUGAUUUUGAUCAGAAGGUCAGACAUAACAUUCAUAACGUUAUCUGUUGCCGUGCUUUCAGGGGACCUACUUGCCAUGAACAUGAGUGAAAACAGGGAACAGUCUGUAUCAGUUCCAAGUGGAAAACUCCAAGAGCCUGAUCCUGCAGAAGCAGCAAGAAUCCAACAGCAACAGCAGCAAGGUCAAGGUAAACUAAACCGCAAACAACGAAGGAAACUUCAACAGCAACAGCAAGCCGAGCAACAAACUCUUGAAUCAAAAACUGAACAAAGGCAAGGACAAAAUGAGGUCGCGGUUGCAAAGUCUGUGACUCAAGUCAGUGAAUCUGUUACUAAACCUGCCAAUGAACAACAAAACAAGACUUCAGAAACUCAAUCAACUUCUAAAACGGAUGAAGUACAACAAGACUCUAAAACAAAAACUUCCACGAGCACAACAAAACCUGAAAAACCUCCAUCAUCUGUAGCUGGGGCAGUAAAGCCCACAAAUGGGCAAUCGCAAUUGCCUAGCAACGGCAAAAGAUCUGGUCCACCAGUAGUACCUCCUGCCCCAGGCCCAGGGGUACAGGGCUCAUUGAGACCAACACUUGCUCAUCCAUUACUUCAUCCUCAGUUUGUACAACAGUUACAUCUGCAGCAGCUGAGAAUGGCUCAGGGAGGUCUUCUUCAGCCUCCAUUCACCCCUCAGCAGUUUGCUAUGCUGCAGCAGAUAGCUCAACUUCAGCUCGUUCAACAGCGCCUGGCUGCACAGUCUGUUGCUCAGCAACACUUAGGACAGAAACAACAGGUAGUGCCUCAACAACAAUUGUAUCAACAGCAACAGCAGAUUGCACUCAUGAUUGCUCAGAUGCAACAGCAAGUUCUGCAGCAGCAGCCUGGGCUGGCCGGGAGACAUCCUGCAUUGCCGUUUACUGCAGUACAACAACAACAACAGCAGCAAUCUCUACUGCAACAGCAGCAGCAACCGCAGUCACCUAAUGCACAACAGAAGGGCAAUAAAGCCGCAACCAAUGACAAACCAGCAACAGAGGCACCAACGAGCAAGACAGCAGACACUGUUAAGUCUCAGCCCAGCGAACCAUCUGCUGUUUCUCCUGUGACAUCAGAAGAACAACCCAAGCAACCUUCCCCUGUUACUCAGUCUAGGCUCACACAGUGGAAGCAGCCAUUGUUACAUGAACCUUCAUCAGCACCAGUGACUCAGUCCUCCGUCACUAGCAGCACACCAGCCUCAGUGGACUCCAAAGCUCAGACAAUAUCAGCUCCUUCACAAUCAUCUUCAGGUGUGCUAACCAGUGUCGUAUCAGCUCCAUCCAUUUCAACCAGUGACCUAUCUGAUUCCUCAGCUCCAAACAGCAACAAUGUUUCUCCACGGGCACGAAUUCCUGAUCCAGUUUCAAGCAGGUGGGGUGUGGACGCUGGUCCCAAGCUGUCUGCUGACCCACCUGAAUUUAAACCAGGUGUACCAUGGCGCCCUGCUCCAAAAUCUGACAAAAGAGAUGAAGUGAGAGAUAGUGUUUCUCCCAACACCGUAGAAAGCUCCAGUCGUCCAUCUUCCACUAUUGACUCCUCAUCAGAUAGCUGGUCGAAUUUGGGAAACCAAACUGUCAGUGCGCCCAGCAGCGUACAACUUGGAAGCAAUGUAAAGGUAGCAGACAAUGUUGUCACUACCAUUGCAAGUUCUUCCUUCUCAGGACUGUUGAUCAAUAACCAUACAUUCGAGUCAAGUCAAAUCGACUUUGGCGUAGGCUCAACCCCAUGGCUAGGCAAUAAAGCCCCUGCCCCACCUGCACAAGCGACAAGUAGAUCUGCAGGAUCCAGUGCUGCAUCACUGUUGAGACCUCCCCCUGGGUUGGGAUCUGACACCACUUUACCUGAAUCCCCUCUCUUUGACGAAGAGCCCCCUGCUUGGUUGAAAAGCUUAAUAGAUGGUUCCAGUCUUGGAGGUGAUAAAACCCAGCCUGAGUUUCAGUUCAGUCGCUUUGGGUUUGCGAACAGUUCAACACCAUGGAGUCCAAGAGAUAGCAGUACGCAGCCGUUUAGUCCUUUGACACCCAACCCUCAACCUUGGGCUGCUGUCGGGGGUCCUGCUCCUACUCUGUCAUCGUCGGCAUCAUCUAUAACUAUGGCAACAAGUGAAAACCGUAGUGGAAGUGUGAGCACAACCGAGCCAUCAUCUUUGCAAAACUCAGGGAUCAUCUGGUCAACGAAUCAACCCAUACCGAGUGCUGAGGAGAAGCUAUCAGGGAAUUUACCUGGGACUUCUGUCCCCCCUGUAUCUGCAUCUAGCGGUGUUGCUCCUUCUAGAACUGCUGUCAAUUCCAUGUCAACUUGGCUGGUACUGCGCAAUUUGUCACCAAGGGUGAGUUUUGCUCUUACGUUGUCGAGUCCAUUAAAAUCCUUUCUUUUAUCUGAAAGCCAGUUAAGGCAAUGUAAUGGAAAAUUCUUGGCAACUAUCUUUUUUCCCCACAGAGACAAGUCAUAAUAUUAGUAUCAUGAGUGAGUAGCCAUACAGUCUGGUCUAGUUCCUUACGUGAUUAACAUGACAUUUCUUACCAUAUCACCCACUCUCUUAGCAGAUACAUCGUAAAAAAAAGCAAAUGUUACUGUCGAUUGAAUAUUUAUCUGCUGUAUCGAAGAAUUAGCAGAAAGAGGAACUUAUGACAAUCGUUUAAUGAUCUUGUCUCGCUUGCAGAUGGAUCCCAAGACCCUCCGUCCUAUGUGCGAGAGGCAUGGGCCACUGCUCACGUUUCAGUUGAAUCUUCGCCAUGGGAACAGCUUGAUCCGUUACGGCAGCAUGGAAGAAGCGGCAAAAGCGAGGGCAGCGUUGAAUGGCAUGAUGCUGGUUGGCUCCCAGGUGGCAGCAGACUUCGCUACAGACAGUGACAUCGGUAGCUUCUUUGAGCAAACCAUGGAUUGGAGUGCAAACCCAUUUCCCAGCAACACGUACGGUAAUCAGUGGUCCUUUCAGAACGUGCUUGGUUCUGCGGCAACUUCGGACAAUAUUCAAUCUACAACCAAAGCACCGAUUGGCAAGGUUCCACCCGGAGUAUCAAGCACUGAACAGCCCAUCCCAAAAGUAAAUAACCCCACUCCUGGAAUGCAGUGGGGAUCUACAAUAGGGACACUGCCCUCGCCCUCGCAAGGCCUUGUUACUGGCGAACAGUCCAAGGUCAAUGCCCCCAGCCCUCAGUGGGUAAUCGGCUCACAGGGAAGCGAACAGCCUGGGGCAAAGCCUAACACUGCAGCUCCCAGUGUACCAUGGGGUAGUGCACAUGGACACGCACCAGCACCGUCUUACUUGUGGGGUACAGGCCCUUCGCAGCAAGCAGCCCUUGGGGGGAACUUUUCCCAAGUACCCAGUAUGUGGUCCUUUCCAGCUGGAGUCCCACGUGAUGUGGAGCCUCAGUCAGGAUCAGGAGACGGGCUUGUAAGCCCUUCCAUGACGACAUUCCUUCCCCCUGGCCUGCUGAACGGAGGGGGAGAUUCAGUCUGAACUGUGAUCAUGAACUAAGAAUCACAAUGCAUCAGCGUUUUUCUUUUUGUAGUUUUAUCGCUUACAUGUGCGUUUGUUUCAUGUGUUGUUAUGUGUGCGUUGGCCCUGAAAAUGGGUCUUCUGUGUAUCUACAUUAAUGUUUCAAUAUUGAUUAAAAUCUCAUGCUAUACGA